GCUGCUCCUUGAUAGGAAGUGGGACUGACCCAUGGUGGGGUCACUACGAUUACUCCAACUCUUCCAACUCUUCUGUACUGAGAGGGCCAGCAGUCGUUUCUGUUCUGAAGGAGACAGCGCCACCGAUCUUCAUCAUCAGGACAGUAUGGUCUGGGAAAGCACUUGGCAGCUUCUGCUGACACUCUUCAUUGUGGCAUCGCCUCGAGAGCUCCUCGCAGACGACUGUGUGUCGUCCUCUGCAAGCAGUGUUAGCCUCUCUGCGAGCAGCUUCCGCAACCUUACGGGUCACUGGAUAACCAAGGCGGCUCUCAUCCGCAAAAGUAGAAGAGACGUCAGUGAUCUGCUGGCUGAGGAAAGGCCGUUGCAUUACGACAUCGACGUUACCCGUCAAGGUUGUGGUGACGACGAAACCCUGACGACGUUUUUCAGUGUUGUAGUGUGCAUAAAUGAACUAAACGGAACGCACAUUAGUGUAAUCAAGACCCCUACGGACGUUCAACAACCUUUACAGCCUGACACUACCGCAACAACAAUGCCAAUGUUCGAGUUAAUCUCGCAUACAUCACCCCCUCCCCGUGUUGGUGCCGACUACAAAUUCUUUCGAAAUGUUGGAUACUAUAAGCUGCACACUGAGAAAAUGAACUGGGAAAAUGCUCGGAGAACAUGCGCAAAGGAAGGUGCGCACCUCGCCAUUGUGAACUCUGUGGCGGAAGAAAAUGCUAUACGCGAAGUAAUGAGAGCACACUCGUCAGAUAACUUCGCUGCUUUCAUCGGUUUCCACGAUAUCUUCAAGGAAGGGGAAUACGUCACUGUCUUGGGUGAACCUCUGAAAUCGAGUGGCCGCGUAAGGUGGGCAAAGGGGGAGCCCAAUAACUGGAUGUUCCCCGGUUCUCCGGAAGGCGAGGACUGCGGGAAUAUUUACGCGGACGGAACCAUCAACGACUGCAGGUGCAUCCUGGAGAUGCCAUUUGUGUGCGAACACAGUCUCUAAUGCUUGUCGGGGCUGACUCUUUUGUAUCCUGCAGUUAGCUGUGAAUUGCUGAAACUUCAACACCUGCGCUUGGUUGCAAAUUAUGAAAGAAACAAACUGCGCAUCAGCUUCUUCUGCCAAUAGGAAGAUGUUACAAAGCAAAACAUAAAAUAAAAAUCAUUUCUUUUUCUGUUAGCGCUGAUUAUUCGUACAAGGAGCCAAUGAGAAUGUUCCUAAGAGUUGCAUUUAUUAUACUGCCAUUUGUAUCAAAAUUUUUCACGUUUAAAUUAACGCUAGAGUGUAUUUACCUUCCGUGCGAAAUGAAAAUUGUUAUUGCCGUGUUUAUUCUUUAAACUUAAGAACGUCGAAUCACAGGCAAAUUUAUAUUUUUAAAACGGUCAGUUCUGAGGGAGAGCUUGCAGCAACUAGUUUUUAUUCAUAUUCAUUCUACUGACCAGUACAAUUAACCCUUUAAGCGACCAUACAGGAAAGCUUUCGCACGAACUCUAGGUUUCGUUCAUUGGCAACAAUUAUGCAUGUCCAUUACAAGAAACACACGCAAUUUGAAAGAUGUGAGCAGACACCGGUUUUGAGACGAUUUAUUGCAGUAUUCAGAUAGUAAAGUGGAAGGCCACUAUUUGAUCAUGCCCUUUGCGGAACACUUCAUGGAAAAAGAUGUAUGGAAAAGGCAAAAAUGUAAACUUUGGCGGGCGAUGGAUGAAUGAGCGACGCUGCACUGCAAUUUCGGAAUCUCUGUCUGACCAUGAUGUAAAGUUACUAAAAUCAUGCUUGUCAUGCACAGACGAACUGCGAGAGAAUUCCGGAUCGGUGCUCCUUACAUAGUCUCUCAGUAUUUGCCGCUUGCUAUUCGAACAAAGCUAUAGCCAUCACCCUCGCCCAUUGUUGCGCACUUCAUCUCUCGUACUUGAAUCCGUGGUAGACGUCUUAGAGUGUGAGUGAGUGAGCAUCGCUUUCGAAGAGAAGCGAGGACUCCGCCUAUUGUUGACAACCACAAACAGCGGUUGCGUCACCACAGAAACACUUAGUCUAUACAGAUGGAUAAUAAGCCGUGAUGACCCAAAUUUUUAGGAAGAUGGCCACCAAAAGCGUUGUAUUAGUGUUGGAUCUGUCCGUGGACUUCGGUUUCUUCGCAAUGUACAGGUGAGCAGAAGUGAAGGCCUCCAAUACGAAACUGCACUUAUUGAGGGUGACCACUACUGGAAAGUGGUAAUUCAUAUCACAUUUCUGAAGUGAAAUAGUUGCUCUUAUCGAAUUUAACAACAGUUUUACUGAUACCGGUCAUUAUUAAUAUUAUUUUCCAUAUUUCUGCUAUGAUUCCGUCUUCGCCGAGAGACUUGUUGUUCUUCAAAGAGUUGAUUAUUUCCUUUACUUCUUUAACAGAUGGUGUUUCUGAAUCAGAACUGGAUGGGGGAUUCUAAAAAUCUAAUGUUCUAUCUGAGGCUCUCAGCUGAGAAGUGAGUGAACAUACUUAGAUAAAAUUUGGCAGUUAUUUCUCGUGUUGGUUUUCAGUGAUCUGUCAGGACGGCGAAAGCACAGAUUAGGUGGUUGUUACCAGUCAUUAUUUAUUCCCACAACGUGUUGAAACCUCCAUCACCAGAUGAAUUUAUGUGGCCUGAUAUGACUUUUAUGUGUAGUUUUACGACUCUGGAGUACCCUGUGUCACUGUGCAACAGAGAAAAACGAGCAGUGUUUCUGAACGUUGCUCAAAGUUUUGUGAUUGUCUUUGACUGAAAGGAUGAACAAAACAUAAAUGUUAAAGUAAAAUAAAAAUACAUCCAGUGCUAACAGAA